GCGCUCUGUAGCGGCGCCUCCUUGUGAUGGCGGCGGCAGAAACGGAGGCGGGCGGCCUGUGCUCUGGCAUGGCUGGGGCCGCGGGCCCUGCGGUGGACGAGGCCGGGGCCGCGGCCGCGGCCGCGGGUCCUGCGGUGGACGAGGCGGGGGCCGAGGCCCCUGCGGUGGACGAGGCGGGGGCCGCGGCCGCGGACGAGGCCGAGGCGCCGCCGCCGCCGCUGCCGGGGCUGCAGCUGGUGCAGCAGGGCGCCGAGGCACGCGUUUACCGGGGGCUCUUCCUCGGGCGGGCGGCGGUGGCCAAGCUCCGCAUCCCGAAGCGGUACCGCCACCCGGCGCUGGAGGAGCGGCUGAGCCGGCGGCGCACGGCGCAGGAGGCGCGGUCGCUGCUGCGGUGCCGGCGGGCAGGGAUUUCAGCUCCAGUGGUCUACUUCGUGGAUUAUGUCACCAACUCCAUAUAUCUUGAAGAUAUUGUAGGCUCAAUUACUGUUCAAGAUCAUAUUAAUUCUGUACAACAGAGUGGAAAUGAUACCAGUAGCCUCCUUACCUUAGCAGAGAAGAUGGGCGAGCUGUUAGCAAGAAUGCACGAUGAAGAUCUUAUACAUGGGGAUCUUACAACUUCCAAUAUACUUCUGCGGCCACCCACAGAGAAGCUGGACUUGGUGCUGAUAGACUUUGGACUCAGUUUUAUUUCAGGUCUUCCGGAGGAUAAAGGAGUUGAUUUGUAUGUUCUGGAAAAAGCCUUCCUUAGCACUCAUCCAGAUACCGAAACUAUGUUUAAAGCUUUGCUAAAGACCUAUGCAGCUACAUCUAAGAAAUCUGGUCCUGUGAUCAAAAGGCUAGAUGAAGUACGACUAAGGGGAAGGAAGAGAUCCAUGAUUGGGUAGAAGAGGGCAGGCUUAGGGAUGGAGAAAUAUUACUACUUAGGUUCUGCAAAUAUGGUUAUUUAUAUUUCUAGUUGGUUUUAUUUCAGAGAUCACUAUUUUGAUAACUGUGUCCUCAAAUAAAUAAAUUUGAAUGAGUUUAA